AUGUGGUUUGGAGAGUCGUGCGUCGGUGCCACGUUCUACGUCGGCCGCGUGGUGCACACGCGCAGUAAGCCGUUAAAGCGUGUGUUCGCAUACCCGAUGCGUUUCGCGGUGAUAGAUCUUGACUCGCCUCCUUCUUGGUUUACUCGGAGUGGCCAAGCUGGCGACCACCUUUCAGCCGACGAAGUUCGCGAGCGCACUGGACACGACGGGCCAGUCCGACUGUUCACGUUACCCUGGGCAUAUGGAUACGUGCAGAAUCCCAUCAGCGUGUACUAUAGUUAUUGUCUUGGAACAGACGCCGGCGAGGAGCGGAUGCACGAUGCCGCUGGCAAGUCACGAAAGUUUGAACUGAAGACCUGCGUUGCGGAGGUGACUAACACGCCGUGGGGCGAGCGUGUUCGGUUCAACUUCCUUCCGGGGGGCACGAGAGCGCCGAAAAGCUUGCACGUAUCGCCGUUUAUGGAUAUGCAAGGAGAAUGGCAAUUGACGGCGACGGAUCCAGAGGAGGACUUUCAACUCAUGGUUUCCGUGAAAGGACACCCAAAAUUUGGAGACUACUUUUUCGCCAAGCUCGAUGCUCGACGCGACCAAUCAGCCCCGCACGCGAGAAACGAGCGCAGUGGGAUUUGGCGCCUCCUUCAGCACGCGUGCACGCCUCACAGGGUGGCGUUUUGGAUAUACGCCGAGGCUGUGUGCCUGCUGAGCAAAGGAGUCAGCAUGUUUCCUCCCCCGGGCCUGGAGUUCGUGGCCAAGGCGGCGUGCCGGCGAGGAGAGGUGCAUGAGAUUGGGUCUGGCGAUUUCGUAGGCAUGAACUGCCCCUUGCGCUCGACGUGGCACGCCGCGCGCGCGUGGCCGUGGAGAACGUGA